AUGGCAGCACAGGAAGAGUUCAUACGGACACAGAUCUUCGGAACGGUGUUCGAGAUCACCAACCGCUACACGGAGCUGAACCCGGUCGGGAUGGGCGCUUUCGGCCUGGUGUGCUCAGCUACCGACACCUAUACCAGUCAGCCGGUGGCCAUCAAAAAAAUCAUGAAGCCAUUCUCUACAGCUGUUCUGGCCAAGCGCACGUACCGUGAGCUGAAACUGCUGAAGCACCUUAGACAUGAAAAUUUGAUUUGCCUGGAGGACAUUUUUCUGUCACCACUGGAGGACAUUUAUUUUGUCACCGAGUUGCAGGGCACGGAUUUGCACAGACUUCUGCAAACGCGGCCCUUGGAGAAACAAUUUGUACAGUACUUCUUGUACCAAAUCCUGAGGGGCCUCAAAUAUGUCCAUUCUGCCGGCGUUAUCCAUCGAGACUUGAAGCCCAGCAACAUUUUGAUCAAUGAGAACUGUGACUUGAAAAUCUGUGAUUUUGGUUUGGCCAGAAUCCAAGAUCCUCAAAUGACUGGAUAUGUGUCCACCCGUUACUACCGUGCUCCGGAAAUCAUGUUGACAUGGCAAAAAUAUAACGUUGAAGUCGAUAUCUGGUCUGCAGGCUGCAUUUUCGCGGAAAUGAUCGAGGGGAAACCCCUUUUCCCAGGAAAGGACCAUGUUCAUCAGUUUUCUAUCAUUACUGACCUAUUGGGAUCUCCUCCGGAGGACGUCAUCAACACAAUCUGCUCCGUGAAUACUCUAAAAUUUGUCACGUCUCUGCCACAUAGAGAUCCUGUUCCAUUUUCUGAGCGUUUCAAGAACAUCGAGCCCGAUGCUGUUGACUUAUUGGAAAAAAUGCUGGUUUUUGACCCUAAUAAGAGAAUCACAGCAGCUGAUGCUCUCGGUCAUCCUUACCUGGCCCCAUAUCAUGAUCCAACAGAUGAACCUGUUGCUGACGCCAAGUUCGACUGGCAUUUCAAUGAUGCCGAUUUACCCGUUGACACCUGGAGAGUAAUGAUGUACUCCGAGAUUUUGGAUUUCCAUCAGAUCGGCGACAACCAGAUAGAUCCCAAUGCUACAUUUGACGACCAGGUUGCAGCUGCUACCGCAGCGGCCCAGGCAGCUCAAGCUUCUCAGCAGCAGCAACAAGACUAUUCGCAAGCACAAUCUGGUCAAACCGCAGAUGGCCAAGCAGCUACGCAUGCUACCACGGCUGCACAACAACAGGGAAACGGAAAUACCACUGGCCAGAAUGAUACUUUGAAUUCAUACGCAAAUCAGGCCGCACAAUACGCUUCAGAAUUUCAAUAG